AUGGAUCUGAAAGGGAUCUGCGUGCUCUCCCUCAUCCUCGUUGUAGCCCUCAGCACCUUGGCAGAGGCAAAAGUGGCACGAUCAACAAAAUGCCAGUGUAACGUGGCCCCCAAGGAGAGGUCAAAUUGCGGACAUCCAGGAAUCACAUCAGAGGAGUGCCGGAGAGCUGGAUGCUGUUUCAGUGCUUCAGUCCCUGGCGUUCCUUGGUGCUUCACUCCAAAACAAAGGAGAGUCAGGAAAGUAUGCCCUACCAACGUUCGGGCAAGAGUAAACUGCGGCUACCCUGGCAUCACAGCUGAACAGUGCGAAAAGAGGGGCUGCUGCUUCAUGGCACAUCCCGCUGGUGUCCCCUGGUGCUUCUACCGCCGCACAGUGCCAGAGAGUUGUUAA